AUGGAUUCCACGUCCGGAAAACGGAUCCCCUUGUUAACCCGCUUGACCUCGGAUGGAGAAGCCAUCCAUCGGCCCGUAAUGACGAAGCUGCGGAGGGAACCGGGAGAAUUCUUCGAGGAUUAUAUGGAGGUCUGCCGGGGAAGGAGGGAAAGAAACUACAAAGGACAGAUUUUUUUUUUAAAUUUCUUUUUCUAUCUAUCUAUCUAUCUAUCUAUCUAUCUAUCUAAUUCUGUUCACAUCUAUCUAAUUCUUUCACAUCUAUCUAUCUAUCUAUCUAUCUAUCUAUCUAUCUAUCUAUCUAUCUAUCUAUCUAAUUCUAUUCACUAUCUAUCUAUCUAUCUAUCUAUCUAUCUAUCUAUCUAUCUAAUUCUGUUCACAUCUCCCUAUCUAUCUAUCUAUCUAUCUGCCUUUAUAUCUAUUUAUUCAAAUCUAUCGCAGUGUGUUUUUCUAUCUAUCUAUCUAUCUAUCUAUCUAUCUAUCUAUCUAUCUAUCUAUCUAAUUCUGUUCACAUCUAUCUAUCUAUCUAUCUAUCUAUCUAUCUAUCUAAUUCUGUUCACAUCUAUCUAUCUAUCUAUCUAUCUAUCUAUCUAUCUAUUUAUUCAAAUCUAUCGCAGUGUUUUUCUAUCUAUCUAUCUAUCUAUCUAUCUAUCUAUCUAUCUAUCUAUCUAA